AUGAUGAACGGGGACAAAUACACCUGCAUUGCCGAUCCUUUAAAUGUCCCUCAGCGUCGACAGACUUCGAACAGGAAGGCCAAAUCUAAAACUACCAACAUCCAGCAGUUGAUCGGACGUAGUCCAGGUAGUACCGCUGGGUUGGAACAAGUGGAGGAACCGACGGAUUUCGCAACCGACUCCGACUCCGAUCCUGCGUGGACGCCCCAAGAAAAACAGGAAGAUGAUGAAGAAGAACAAGAUAUGAUGGGACGCAAGAAAGCGAAAAAGCCCAAAAAUGUUGUAGGAAACCCACGUGGCAAACAACAACGGCCACGAUCUAACAUCUUAUCAGUGGCAGCUGCCGGUGCCGGAAUUGCAGAUUAUGAUUACGAAAGUGAAGAGGGGAAUAAUGCGCUAACGGCGGGAACAGGUAGAGGGGGACCGACUUCGGCAGGUAUUAUUCAUCCUAUCAGCAAUCCGUCACCCCAGCAACAGCAGCAACAACAUCAUCAGCAGCAGCAGCAGCAGCAACAGCAACAGCUUCAGCAACCUUCAAUACAACAACCAAUGAUUCAACAGCAGCUGCAGCAUCAACAAAUAAUUCAACACCAACAGCAGCAACAUCAGCAACAACAGCAACAGCAAAUAUACCAACAGACAACGGCUAUCGGUGGUAAUCAAAUCAUACAGAAUCAAUACAUUCAGCAGCAGCAACAGCAACACCAACAAAUUCAGCAGUAUAAUUCCGGAGCCAUGGUUAACCAACAACAGCCUCAAUCACAUUCGCAGCAACAACAAGCCGUCAACAGCAACGAUGAGUUUCAGACUGGCGACUUCGUUGUAAUCCGCUCGGAACUAGUACAGGACUAUCCUUCCAUCUGGAGGGUGGACGGAAAAACACUACUGCAGAAGUACGAGCCUUUCGAUCAGAACGGCAAAACGCUUCAUCGCAAUGUAUCGACGUAUGCUGCAUGGAAUGCCGAAAGUAAAAAGCUGUACGUGAAAAUACCGGUCCGUUUUCGGGUGCACAACCACAUGGAAUCGGUGGUUGAGUUCAUGCGGAACGAGAUGUCCAUCGAUGACACCGAGCAGUUCCUGGAGAAGUCGAUGAACGAAACUAAAAUCUAUCAGGAUGUGUUCGAAGUGUACAUUCAAACAUUGAUAUCGCAAGCGCUUGAUUCCAACUUCUUGAAGGAGAUCUUCCAAGAGCAAGACGACUACUUCCUGUCGCGGGUACAGACGAUCGAUAGUCUCACAGACGAUCGGAAGCGACGAUUAAUUCAGAUAACGCCAUGGUCUCGGAAUAUGAUCACCUCAAUAGCAACGUUCCCCGCGUACGAUAUCAUGACCGAGCUUGGCCAUACCAACAUGAAUCAUCCGGUGUGUGUCGCGUGCCAUCAGCCAGGAAUUUCGGUCCGAAUUGUACUGCAGGGCCAAACCUACAAUACCGCAACGUUGGCUCCAUGCCAACUUCAGGACACUCGCAUUCAGUACGAGAAAAACUUCCUUCUCUGUCGCAUUUGUUCGUCGCGAUUCGAGCUGUUGCACAAGAUUUGCCACCAGAAGUACAUGAUGUUUGUGGAAUGCGCAAAGCGCGUCAACCAACAGAUUUCACAUGAUUCGUCCAAAGCUGCAACCAUUAUUCUAAACGAACUGUUAGCAGAUGAACACUGGCUGACGAUGCUUUUCAAAGAGGUUCGCGGAAUUUGGGCCGAGAUCGAAAAUAUGGAACGUCAAUACCGAUUCCAUGUGGCCUCACAAUGAGGAAAGGAUAUUAAAAUGCAAUAAAAUUUAAGCAUACUGUAGAAGCACCGAGUAUGCCCAUAGGACAAAACGUCCUGUAAGUCAUCCAAGAUGAACGUAGAAUGCAUAACUGCAACAAGUGAAAAGAGCCCAUAUUAUCCUUUUUUUAUGAGAACGUACGAUAGUCAUUAUCUCCCCCCUUAGUGCUCCCCAUAUGUAGGUUUAACGAUACACUCAUACACUCACAAUACUAACAAAAGAAACCACAUUUAAAGGAGCCGAGCUUGUGAACGGCAAGCUAAACUAGUAUUUGUAGUAGGAUUUAAACAUACAAACGAGAUAUAGCAAAUAGCAGCAGCAGCCUUACUUUGGAAAAAUAUUCUAUUUUUGAAUUCACAGCUGUUUUUAAGUUGCUCGGUCAAGUAUUUGCUUCCAUUCUCCAUUUGCUACACAUGUAUAAUUUUUCAUCUUUGUACUAGACUCUGGAUAGGGAUAGCUUUUGUUACGAAAAUUCUUUUCUCGGAUGAACUGAAUGCGAGCGUAAAUACUGAAUUCGCUUAUCGUUAGGUAUUUUUAUACGAAAACAAAACAGAAAUCCUAAACUCGUCUAUGUCCUGUAAAAAGUAUAGUAUAUAAAACCAAGAAACUCAAGAUAACUAUGAGCAGGAGACUGUGAGGGACCUUUCUUUCCGAUGAUGUAUCACUCCCCCAGACAUUCAGCAUAGCUGGUAUAAAUAGAGCUUUUAUUAUAAUAAUGAUAAACUUAACAAUUAA